AUGUCUGAAACAGAGCCUUUGCUAGGUACGCCCAAGAAUGCAUGGGGUCUGGUGCUGAUUCCAAAUCAGGGGGCCGUUGCCCGUGAUCAUAUGGCCAAUGAACGAACCUUUCUUGCAUGGCUUCGAACCUCGCUAUCCCUCACAACCAUAGGUAUCGGAGUGGUGCAACUAUUCAAGCUUCAGCUCAAAGGUGAGUAUGACGAGAUGGCCAAAUUUGGCAAGCCCAUUGGGGCUGGUUUCUUCUUUCUCGGCAUCCUGUGCCUUUUAUUUGGUUGCUACCGUUUCUUCAAUGUUCAGGGAUUGCUUUUGGAGCAGAAGUACCCCAUUUCAUACUUUUCCGUGCUGCUGUUGGUAGCGUCGGUGUUUGUGUUGGUUUUUGCUACCGUGGUUGUCGUUUUUACUCAAUUAUCCAAGUUUCAUGAAACCUCGAACUCAUUACUAACAGCCCAGGGUAAAGUCCACGGUUCCUUGGCUCGUGCCGGUAAGGUUAAGUCUCAGACUCCAAAGGUUGACAAGCAGGAGAAGCCAAAGCAGCCUAAGGGCAGAGCUUACAUGAGAUUGUUGUACACCAAGAGAUUCGUUAACGUCACCUUGGUCAACGGUAAGAGAAAGGCUAACUCCAACUCCGCUUAA